CCGAAGGUUGCCACAGGUCGAAAAGCGGCGCAGAUGCGUCGCUGGUUCGCCUCGCUUGCCAUUCUCGGGCUUUCUUCUCCAGCGUCUGCGGGAAACGGCUACUCGCUAAGCUUUAGCCAGCCCGGCUCGGUGGUCGCGACGCGACGGCUCUACCUCGAUCCUGAUGACUUAGAGCUGCGGCGGAUGGCCAGCGGCUUCACCUUCAUGAUGUGGCUUCGCUUCAACGACCUCACUGCGUCGCGGCCGGCCAUCCAUUGGGGCCUUGGAUGCACCUCUGACGGCAACUUUAUGCAGCCGUUCGCCGGCAUUCACGGAGGGUUCCAGCUCGGCAGCAGCGCGCCCGAGCCGUCGGCCGUCGGCAGCGUAGUGGACGCCACGCAGUGGCAUCACUAUGCGCAGAGCUGGAACGCCACGGAUGGCAGGCGCGUUGUCUACGUCGACGGCGUCGAGGUGAGUAGCGACGCGGCCGGUGACGGCGCCGCGUACAUUGGCGGUGCCUUCCUAGACGACGACGCCUUCAUGUACAUCGGGAUGAACGUGUACCCUCAAAAGUGGGGUCUGGACGAAUUCACGCACGGCAACCCGCAGAUGAGCUUUGACGGCGAGAUAGACGACCUCGCCAUCUACGCUGGCCCUCUCUCCAACGAGUCGAUCGCCGCGCGGGCGCGCCUCGCCGGCGAGGACCUGCUAGGCGACGACUGCCUGUUCCUCUACACCUUUGAUGACGCCAGCCUGGACGUUGUCGCCAACCUUGGCCGGGCUGGGGGGAACGAGACAGCCAACCCGUACGAUUUGCGUUUCGCCCAGUUCCCCAAGCCGCCUGGCGCGGAGGACUUGGGCCGCAAAUUCUCGCGCGGUAGCGGCACGUCGGCCGUGCUGCUGGUGGCACCGUCCCGCAUCCCCAGCUCUCGCACGCACGUCAGCUCCGUCUCCGCGCCGAGUGUCGUCUCGGCGCUGCCCGGCGCAAACGUCACCGUCGAGACUGCCAACGGCCCGCGCCAGAUCACGGCUCCGACCGACGGCAGCACGCUCUUCGAAGGCCUUGUGCACGUCGUGCCUCGGCUGCCGCCCACCACUGAGCGUCGGGACGCUUUUGCGAGCGAGCGCACCUUCGAGGACCGCGAGGUGAGCCUGCAGCUCGUGGGCAGCUCCAACUUCGCGCCCGGCAUCGAGCUCAAGCCAGUAAUCACUAGCCUGCCUUCGAAUGGCGCCCUCUUCGCCACCAACGACUCGCUCGCCGGCUCCGAACAGGGCAUCGCGAUCAGCGAGUCGCAGCAGACAGUCGACACGGUGGGGCGCUACGUCAGCUACAAGCCAGCAGACCAUUUCGUCGGCGUCGAUACCUUCACGUAUUCGCUCCUCGCGGCCGGGGGCGUCCUCUCCGAGGAGAGCACGACCGUCCGCGUGGAGGUCGAAUCGGACAACGACACGCCGACCAUCGCCCCGAUUGCGAAGCGCAUCUCCGAAGACUCUGGCGACCUGGUCAUUCGGCUGACGCCCAACGACGUCGAGGACGGCCAGCCACUCGAGCUCGCGAUCACGCAGCUCCCUAGGUUAGGCGACCUGUACCCCUACAACGAGACUAGCGGCGCGGCGCAGGAUGGCCCUCCGAUCACGCAGGUCUACUCGACCUUCAACGUCGGCGACUCCGUGUUUGGGCAGUACAUCUCCGCGGUCAUGAGCUCGAGCUCCUUCUGGGGCAAACCUCCGAGCGUCGACUACCACCCACUCGCAGUCAUUGGCAAGCCCGACUGCGGGACCUACGGCGAGUGCUCCACGAGCGGCGAGUGGGUAUCGGACGCGUCGCGCCCGAUCCCGCCCGGCGUGCUUGCCUACCACGAGGUGAACGGCAUCAAGGCGGCGGCGUACGUGAGAAGCUCGGACGAGGUGAAGGGGAUGGUCGACAUCGACUACGUGCCCAUGUACAAGCGCGACGCGGGCGUACUGCGCCGGUGCCUCAUCGACCCUAGCGUCAAGGUUGACGAGGGCGUCUCCGCCUACCCCGGCGGGUGCAAGUUGGUUGAGGGUCUAUCCUCUCCUGACGAGCCGAUCUCUAAGCGCGGGGUGCCCCGGGCUCAGAUUGUCCCUCUAGCCGCUGGCGUGUGGAGCCCGCUCAAGCAGGGGCUGGUCGACGGGAAUUUGAGCGACCCCGAUACGUCGGUCGCCUUCGGCGCGCAGUUCCUCAUCGACCACCGGCAGCGAGACUUUUACCCGCCGUUCACCGAGUACAUCGACGUGGCGAUCGCACGGCCCGUCUACGUCGUCCGGCUCGAGAUUGGCUCCCCGCGAGGGAUGGGACAGGUCGUAAAGAUCCUGGCCCAGAGUCCGGACGGCUCGUGGGUGGAGGUAUACUCGGGCAAGCCGCAGCGCGAGGUUGCGACGAAGUACACUAGCAUGCGCACCUACCACCUCUGGGCGCCCUCAAUCUGUCGAACCCAUUUCCCCAUCUCGGUCCUGCGGAUCGCGGUCGACACCAGCGCAGAGACCGGCAUUGACGACUGGCGCGAGAACUACAUCGAUUAUGUCGAAGUUUUCGGCUCGGAGGCGCUGCAGCCCGCCGCAAUCCGCACGACGGCUCGUGCGGUCGUGUACCGUCCGCACGACAAUGCCGUCGGCGAGGACAGCUUCCGCUACGUUGCGACGGACUGUCCCGGCGAUCCUUUCCGCACGACGGAGUCGGAGCUCGUCUCCAUCUCGAUCGUCGCCGUCAAUGACGCGCCCAAGGCGGUCGGAGUGCCCGUUGACGACGCGGUCGCUUUCCCGCUGAAAGGUCUCGUGGGCGCGAGCUUCUACUCGAUGAAGGCGCGAGACGUUGACAGGUCGGACACGCUCACGUUCAAGAUCCACACGCUGCCGACUCACGCGACGCUGUUUGACGCACCUGUCAACGUCGGAGAGGAGAUUGGGAUUGGGCGAGUGAUCCCGAUGGCCGCGGCGCCCGUCGCGGGCGGAGAGAUCCCCUGCUCUGAGGCUCAACCGUGCCCGUCCAGCCCGAUCACUGGCUCUCUUCUCUUUUGCAGCGUCGUCUCCCCGCCCAACGGGACGUGCGCCUGGUGCGACGACGUCGACGAUUGCGACACCAGCGCCAACCUGACGAUUUGGAGCAGGGGGACUUGCCGGACCGCAUGCCGCGUGCCGGUGUCUCCCCCGCUGGUGGAGUCGGCCCAGGUCAGCAUACAGACCGAGGUGUGCGGACCCGACUCAUUCUCCUUCUCGGUCUCUGACGGCGUGAGCACUUCGGCCGUCGCGACGGUCCACUUUGUCUUCCAGUGCUCCCGGCGGUGCGACCGAGCAGACAUGCUCUCCGAGACGAGCGACUGCGACUCGUCGGACCCUCCGGUGAGGAGGACCACGUGGCGAUGGGAUGACGCCAGCGACUGCGACCUGCCGCGCGCGGGCCUGCGAAGGCCGGCUCCGGGCGAGCCCGCUGGGGUGAAUGUGCCAGCCACUGGCCGCUGGGCGCUGCCCGCCUCGACCACGGAGGAGUGCUCGUCGAACGACGACUCGACGACCCUAAUUGUCGUCGUGUGCAGCGUCGUGGGGACCGUCCUCCUCCUGGGUUGCUGCUGCGCCGCCUAUGUCGUGCGGCGGCUGCAGCGGCAGCGGCACAGGCCAAAUCAGCAGUUCCUGUGCCGCCGGACACACUUGCCUCCCGACAUCGCCCCAGUGGGCGCGGACGAGUUCCACCUCUUCCUGAGCCACACGUGGCUGUCUGGGCAGGACCAGGUUGCGAUGAUCAAGCAGCAACUCUCGGGCUUUCUGCCCGCCCAUGUGCGCGUCUUUCGCGACGUCGAUGACCUUGAAAACAUCGACCGCUUGGAGGAGUACGUCGCCAGAUCGCAGGUCGUGCUGCUCUUCCUUAGCAAGGGCUACUUCCUAUCGCGCAAUUGCCUGCGCGAGGUCCGAGCGGCAGUGACAAGCAGCAAGCCCGUCAUCCUUGUCCACGAGCACGCCGAGACCAAGGGCGGCGACCGGCUCGAGGUGCUGCGGCAGGAGUGCCCAGAUGAGCUGCGCGAGCUCGUCUUUGACCCCAAACGGCCGCUCGUGCGCUGGCAUCGCCUAAGCGACCUGAACCGAGUCUCGUUGCUACAGAUCGCGUCCCUGCUACACACGUUUGGGCGGGGCGUGGAUCAAUGGAGUCUCAACGCGCUCUACCUGCCAAACUCGCUCACCGAGGAGACAAUCUCAGUCUCUCACCCGGUGCGCAUCUUUGCCAGCCGCGACAACAACCAGGGCGCCAACCGCAUUCUAGAUGGGAUCGUUGCCGCCGCCGUCCCCGCGCCCCUCGACCGCUCGACCGAGCGGAAGGAGGGCGAGCGACGUGGCCGCCUCGCGAUCCUCGGCGGCGGCUGGCGAGGCGGGGACCGCACCACCUCCACCGACGUCCCUCACGUCGAACAGCGGUUGUCCGACGUGAAGCUGGCGCGCAACUUUGGAGCUGUCGGGGCGAGCGUCAGGAUCCAGAGCGCUUGGCGUGGAUUUGCCGCGAGGACCGAGCUAAAGCCUUCGGACCUGCGCAUCCACUGCUCGAUCGAGCGCGCGGACAGCCUGAGCGAUGCGACGCACAUGCUGCUCUACCUCACACCGAGAACCUUCGACGCCAACCGCGCGGGCGCCGACGCUCUCGCCAACGAGAUCCGCGAGGCCCGGCUGCGCGGGAUCUCCCUGGCGCGCUCUGCACCGCACUGA